CAUGGGAUCGUCAGCCGAUAAACAUUUUGACCGCUAGUGUUGUGGACCCGUGUAACUUUAUAAGUAUUUUCGUCAUCUGUGUUGUACAGGUGCUGAUAGUGAGAUGUCCCUCUAUAAGAAGCUACGGAACUUCUUGGACUACCUGCUGAAUCUUCUGAUCAGUAUGCUCUCUCUCAUCAUCAACGGGGACCGUGCUAAGGCCAGGAUCCCGGCCAUCAGGAACCCACUUCUCCUCGAGAGUGCCACAAGCCUUGCACGUAGCAUUAGGACAAGAGAGGUUACCUGCACCCAGGUUGUUGAGGCCUACAUCGCACGAAUCAAAGAGGUAAACGACCUUCUCAAUGCCGUGAUUGUUGAGCGCUUCAACGGUGCCCUUGCAGAAGCCAGGCAGGUCGAUAAGAUGCUGCAGUCGGGAGAUGUACCUGAGAGAUACUCUCAGAAAAAUGCCCCAUUUCUUGGUGUGCCUAUAUCUGUAAAGGAGGCAUUCGAAGUUACAGGUAUGCCCAACACCAGUGGUCUCGUGAACCGAAAAGGUUUGACGGCCCCACGUGACGCCCCGCCCGUCGCUAAUAUGAAGCGGGCGGGGUGCAUUGUACUGGGAAUGACCAACUGCAGCGAGCUGUGCAUGUGGUACGAGUCGGCUAACUACGUCUACGGGAGGACGUGCAAUCCCUAUGAUAUCAGGAGGAUGGUUGGGGGCAGUUCAGGCGGUGAAGGAUCGAUCAUAGGAGCCGGAGGUUCAGUGAUGGGCAUAGGAGCAGACAUAGGCGGCAGCAUUCGCAUGCCAGCGUUCUUCAACGGCAUUUUCGGUCACAAACCCAGCUGUGAUGUGGUCACUAAUGAUGGUCAGUUCCCGACUGUCCACACUGCGAAGGGAAACGAGCUGAUGGUGACCGGUCCCUUGUGCCGAUUCUCUGUUGACCUCAUCCCGCUCCUCAGGGUUAUGGCAGGUCCGCAUGGCACGGCCAAACUGAGACUGGACGAACAUGUGGACCUGCGAACGCUCCAGUAUUUCAGCAUGGGCACAGACGACAGGAAGAUGCUCGCUUCCGGUUUGGAUCCGGAGCUCAGAGAUGCCCAACUCAGAGCUGCAAAAUACCUCGAGGAGAAACUGGACAUCAGGGUGACCCACACAACUAACCGCCGAUUCUUCUACUCCAUGGGUAUGUGGACGGCGAUGAUGACCGCUUCGGACGAGGAGAGUUUCACCAGCCAGUUGGGUGACCACGGAGCCCCGGUCAGUCCCAUCAUCGAGCUCCUCAAACGCUGUCUCGGUCAGUCGGACCACACCCUUCCAGCAAUCCUCCUUGGUUUGAUAGAGAACAUUGACCGUGUCAUGCCAGGUAACAUGGAGAAGCUUCUCAAGGCCUGUCAGAAACUCCGCAACGAGAUCUCCACCAUGUUGGGCGACAACGGCGUCCUCCUCUACCCUUCUCACCCCAAGAUGGCGCUCUUCCACAACGCACCCAUCCUCUACCCGUUCAACGUCGCUUACACGGCUAUCUUCAAUGCUCUGGGCUUUCCCGUGACUCAGGUACCUCUGGGACUCAGCACCAACGGGUUACCGCUUGGGGUGCAGGUGGUGGGUAACAAGUAUUGUGAUCACCUGACGAUCGCCGUAGCGAGAGAACUGGAGAAAGGUUUCGGGGGAUGGACUACUCCCGUAGGUAUUUCUCAUUUACAUGGUAAAACAUUAGAAUGAGGACAUAUAGUUUGAAGAGAAAGAAUACCUGUCAUUUAUAGCCACACUGCACUACUUGUAGCUACUUGCUCCCUCUAUAUAGAAAACAAUUGGUCCCCCGUGAUCCUCUUUUCCUUAUGUUCAUUGAGAGCUGAGUUAAUGAGUUAACCACCUGUCAGUGACCAUGCUGGGUGCCUGGGUCUAAUCCCUCCUGGCCAAACUAGUGCAGACAGGCUUUAAUAGGUAGGUCUUUGCAUAGCCCUACAGAAAGUGGUACUGAAAUAGGGCAAUCAUUCUGCCCAAUCAAAUCAGUCUUCAUUUAAGAAUUUCAGAUCCCAAAGUUGCAAAGUACUCUUUAAUUUUAUUGAUGAUAUUCAUUGACAUAGUUUGAA